AUGGUACAGAAGGGACCAGGGCUGAAGACACAUGGUACAGAGGGGACCAGCGCUGGAGUCACAUGGUACAGAGGGGACCAGCGCUGGAGUCACAUGGUACAGAGGGGACCAGCGCUGGAGUCACAUGGUACAGAAGGGACCAGGGCUGAAGACACAUGGUACAGAGGGGACCAGCGCUGGAGUCACAUGGUACAGAAGGGACCAGGGCUGAAGACACAUGAAUCCCCGUGUGUGGUGUGUGUCUCCAUCACAGAGGCGACCGGGUGCGACGCCGCCGGGGGAGACACGGGUCGGAUCUGGCUCGUGAAAAACGUCGUCAUGACAACCGCAUCGCCGCACCGUCACGCCUCCUCCGUCGACGCACUUCAAUCCCGCCGUUAA